UUUAUAGAAACACUUGACACUUUUAUGAAAUCUGACCUCACAUACUCUUUAAUGCAAAUUUAAUGCACUUUUUCUUUUUCAAAAACUACCCACCUUUUCAAUUCAAUUCCCCCCCUCUCUUGUUUUUGCUUUCUCUUCUGUUUUCAUCUUCGUUGGCUUUACCAUGGAUUCAUCUGAAAUUAUUCUCAAAGUCCGCAACCAGGAGGGACGCGUAAAGAAUUUUCGUAUCAGGCAAGACAUGAAGAUUUCCAAGCUUAUCGAUAAUUAUUGUAAGAAUCACCAAUUAGAACCCGGUGCUGUAGAUUUUUUAUACAACGGAGAACGCUUUAAAAGAGAUAAAACACCAGCAGAGCUCAAUAUGAAGGACGGUACCUCCAUUGACGCCAUGAUCCACCAGUUCGGAGGUGGUUGCAGGGCCUUUUGAGUUCGUGUUGGAAAAAAGCUAGGCAGCCAUGUCAUAUCUAGAUCCAUAACUACAUAGUAACUAACUCAGUAGCUGAAUUAAGUUUGUCUUAGAUGUGAAAAGCCAGCUAGGUACAAUUCUAGAACUUCUUUUGUGAUAUUAUUUCAUGUUUUUCUAAGCAUUAGAUAUGAAUAGUUGGGUGCAUCAAAUGAACUUGAAUUAUGAUAUGGCAUGUUUAUCAGAUUGAUGUGUGCUCAAAUGAACUAAUGGUAAUGAAAUGGUUGCUUUUAAUCGCAUAAUACCACUACAUUUUGCGAGAA